AUGGCGUCAGAUAAUAAUAACAACAACGAUUUCGAAAUAACUCCGGAGGAGGAGAAGUCUCUGCACGAAUUGUUCCUGAAACUAGACAUGAAUAAAGAUGGGAAGAUAGAUAUGAAUGAUUUAACUAAGGCGAUGGAGACGAUGCAGCUGCCUCAGGUUCCUGGACACGCCAAGCAUUUCUUUGAGAAAUAUGACAAGGACAAUGAUGGGCAGAUCAACUUCACUGAGUUUGUCAAGUAUGUGAAGGAACAUGAAAGGGACCUGAUGUCCUACUUCAAGAAGAUUGACACAAACUCUGAUGGCUUUGUUGAUGUUGGGGAGAUUGUGGAGACCUUCAAGAAGCUGGGAGUUCAUGUGGAGAGAUCCGAGGCAGAGAGACUAUUGAAGAGAAUGGACACAGACGGGACCCUGAAGAUUGACUGGAAUGAAUGGAGACAGUAUCUAAUCCUGACCCCAAGCCAGAGCAUUCAUGAUAUCCUCCACUACUGGAGACAUUCAUCUAUAAUUGAUAUUGGUGAAAAUGGCUUGGUGCCGGAUGACUUCACUGAGACAGAACUCAAGACUGGCAUGUGGUGGCGCCACCUGGUGGCCGGAGGUGUUGCUGGCGCUGUUUCAAGGACGUGUACUGCUCCUCUGGACAGGUUAAAGGUGCUGUUCCAGGUGCAUGGAUCUAGCAGGAAGAACAUGACCAUUGCUUCAGGCUUCAAACACAUGCUGGAGGAGGGGGGCUUCAAGUCUUUAUGGAGGGGAAAUGGCAUCAAUGUCAUCAAGAUCGCCCCUGAAUCUGCCAUCAAGUUCAUGGCCUAUGAGCAGAUUAAAGCUAUUUUCAAAGGAGAUUCUAACAAAGAGCUCGGUGUCAUCGAGAGGCUGCUGUCAGGAUCUGCUGCCGGUGCUAUCUCACAGACCACCAUCUAUCCCAUGGAGGUUUUGAAAACCAGAUUGGCUCUGAGAAAAACCGGCCAGUACAGUGGUAUAUUUGACUGUGCCAGGAAAGUGGCCAAACACGAGGGUCUGGGCAGUUUCUAUAGGGGUUAUAUACCAAACUUGUUGGGAAUUAUUCCUUACGCUGGCAUCGACCUGGCCAUAUAUGAGACUCUGAAGAAGUUGUACAUGCAGAAAAACAAGAACAAAGACCCAGGCAUCAUGGCUCUGUUGGUGUGUGGGACGGUCAGCAGUACCUGCGGUCAGCUGACCAGUUAUCCACUAGCUCUGGUCAGGACAAGGCUACAAGCCCAGGCUCAAACUGGCUCCACGUCCAAAGACACAAUGUCUGGAAUCUUCAAGCACAUAUUGAAACAUGAUGGACCAAAGGGGCUGUACCGGGGCAUUGCUCCCAACUUCCUCAAGGUGGCGCCGGCAGUUAGCAUCAGCUACGUAGUGUACGAGCGGAUGAGGACAGCCCUGGGUAUCAGACCUACCUAG